GGGGGAUGGGGAGUGUCCCCUAUAGCCAUGCCAAGCUCAGCAGCUGGGUGAUGACAGCUGUCCUCCCGCUGCCCUGACCCCAAAGUAGAGCUACAGCCCAUGGCAAACCCAGCAUGGCAGACGUGCAGUCGUGCCUCUGCCUGGGGCAGGGAAGUGGUGCUGGGCUGCAGCUGGAGAAACAUGGAAUAAAUUUGCCCUGUGGCUCUAUUGCAUACCUGAGAUGUCAAAUGUUUGUAUUGCUGUUCUGAUGUGCAGGAUCUUUUACAGGCAGACUCAGCUCUGACUUUCACCUUGAGAGACCAGUUUGUGGUGGGGAUGUGUUGCAAACCCUUCUGUUUGUCCAUCCAGUGGGGGAGGUGGAAACAUGGGGCAAUUCUCCCUAAGCUUGAUUUACAUCCUUAAUAGCAAGGAAGAGGAGAAUGUCAGUUACACCAACACCUCCCCUCCUCUGAAGGGAGGUGUUGCUUCUGAUUUCUCAUGUGUGUGGCCCUCCUGAAUAUCCCACCUGCACUGAGGACCAGGAGCAGGGUAAUCUUGGAGCAUCUGCAGCUGAAGGUGAACCUCUGAGUUUCCUUGUCUGGAGCAGGUUGUGGAGUUGCUGCUUUUGGCUCUAGCUUUUGCAGGGCCAUGGCGACGUACCUGGAGUUCAUCCAGCAGAAUGAGGAGCGUGACGGAGUGCGCUUCAGCUGGAACGUGUGGCCCUCCAGCAGGCUGGAGGCCACAAGGAUGGUUGUGCCCCUGGCCUGUCUCCUGACCCCGCUGAAGGAGCGUCUGGACCUGCCCCCUGUGCAGUAUGAACCAGUGCUUUGCAGCAGGCCCACCUGCAAAGCUGUGCUCAACCCACUCUGCCAAGUUGACUAUCGGGCCAAGCUUUGGGCUUGUAACUUCUGUUUCCAGAGAAACCAGUUCCCCCCAGCAUAUGCGGGCAUUUCUGAAGUCAAUCAGCCAGCAGAACUUAUGCCUCAGUUUUCAACAAUUGAAUAUAUAGUGCAGCGAGGCCCACAGACGCCGUUGAUCUUCCUGUAUGUUGUGGACACGUGUUUGGAAGAGGAGGAUUUGCAGGCCCUGAAGGAGUCCCUGCAGAUGUCCCUGAGCCUGCUGCCUCCCGAUGCCCUGGUGGGGCUCAUCACUUUCGGCAGGAUGGUCCAGGUUCAUGAGCUGAGCUGUGAAGGGAUUUCCAAGAGCUAUGUGUUCCGGGGCACCAAGGACCUGGCAGCCAAGCAAAUACAGGAUAUGCUUGGGCUUUCAAGACCAGCUGUCCCUAUGCAACAGGGAAGACCUCUUCAAACUCCAGAGCAGCCUGUUAUUUCCAGCAGGUUCCUACAGCCAGUGCAUAAAAUUGACAUGAAUUUAACAGAUCUGCUUGGAGAGCUGCAAAGGGACCCAUGGCCAGUGACUCAGGGAAAGAGACCCUUACGUUCUACUGGAGUGGCUCUUUCAAUUGCAGUUGGCUUAUUGGAGGGCACUUUUCCAAACACAGGGGCCAGGAUUAUGCUGUUCACAGGAGGGCCACCAACACAAGGGCCAGGCAUGGUGGUAGGAGAUGAACUGAAAACACCCAUCCGUUCCUGGCAUGACAUAGAGAAGGAUAAUGCAAGGUUCAUGAAGAAGGCCACCAAACACUAUGAGACUCUGGCCAACCGUUCUGCAGCCAAUGGGCACUGCAUCGACAUCUACGCCUGUGCCCUGGACCAGACGGGGCUGCUGGAGAUGAAAUGCUGUGCAAACCUCACUGGAGGACACAUGGUGAUGGGAGACUCCUUCAACACUUCUCUCUUCAAGCAGACCUUCCAGCGGGUAUUUAGCAAAGGCUACAAUGGGGAAUUUCGGAUGGCUUUUGGUGCAAAUCUGGAUGUGAAGACCUCCAGGGAGCUGAAAAUUGCAGGAGCCAUUGGACCAUGUAUAUCCCUGAAUGCUAAAGGACCAUGUGUCUCUGAAAAUGAACUUGGAAUUGGAGGGACAUCUCAAUGGAAAAUCUGUAGUCUGGAUCCCAGUACAACUCUGGCCAUUUACUUUGAAGUGGUAAAUCAGCACAAUGCACCCAUCCCUCAGGGAGGCAGAGGGGCAGUACAGUUUGUCACUCAGUAUCAACACUCCAGCACCCAGAGACGCAUUCGUGUCACCACCAUAGCCAGAAACUGGGCAGAUGCACAGACUCAGCUCCAGCACAUUGAGGCUGCGUUUGACCAGGAGGCAGCUGCCGUGCUCAUGGCCCGGCUGGGAGUGUACAGGGCUGAGUCUGAGGAGGGACCUGACGUUCUGCGUUGGCUGGACAGGCAGCUCAUCAGGCUGUGUCAGAAAUUUGGACAAUACAACAAAGAUGAUCCCAACUCCUUUCGACUGUCAGAAUCAUUUUCUUUGUAUCCUCAGUUCAUCUUCCACCUGCGACGCUCCCCAUUCCUGCAGGUCUUCAAUAACAGUCCAGAUGAAUCUUCCUAUUACCGGCACCACUUUGCCAGGCAGGAUCUGACCCAGUCCCUCAUUAUGAUCCAGCCCAUCCUUUAUGCUUAUUCUUUCCAUGGGCCUCCUGAGCCAGUGCUUUUGGACAGCAGCAGCAUUCUUCCUGACAGAAUCCUGCUGAUGGAUACUUUCUUCCAGAUAGUUAUCUACCUUGGUGAGACUAUUGCACAGUGGCAGAAAGCUGGAUACCAAGACAUGCCUGAAUAUGAAAACUUUAAGCACCUCCUGCAAGCCCCACUGGAUGAUGCCCAGGAAAUCUUGCAGACCAGAUUCCCAAUGCCACGUUACAUCCACACUGAGCAUGGGGGCAGUCAGGCCCGGUUCCUCUUGUCUAAAGUGAAUCCUUCUCAAACCCACAAUAACCUCUAUGCCUGGGGCCAGGAAUCAGGAGCUCCAAUCCUGACAGAUGAUGUGAGUCUCCAGGUAUUCAUGGACCACCUCAAAAAGCUGGCAGUUUCAAGUGCAUCAUGACUUUUCGAACUGAGCAGCAGGAGCAGACAAUUUACAUGGAUUGUGUUGAUGACAGGAGUGGAGCAAUUUACUUACAUUUCCUUUUCUCUCUUUUAAACUAGGAAUUUUAACUGUUACACGAAAUAAACAUUCAGGGAGAGUUUUUUACUUCUCCCUUCUAAUUUA